AGAGGAGGAACCGCCGACGGUUGGGCUGUGUGGCCGUUGGGCCCUUUCGCGGGAAGCCCCGCCUCUCCCCCCUCCCAGCCGCGUCCCGCGCUUCUCCGGGUGUCGCAGUGGGGGGCUCCGAGGAGUCCUCCUUCCAGCUUGUUGUGUUGCGCGGGCCGAGAGGGGGAGGUUGGGUGGGGGAGGGAGUAGGAGAAGAUGUUCGAGAUCCUGCGCGAGCGGCUGCUGAGCGUCCAGCAGGAUUUGACCUCGGGGCUGAAGACCUUGAGCGACAAAUCAAGAGAGGCUAAAAUAAGCAAGCAGAGGACUAUACAGUGUUCACCAGAGUUUUCUGCUGGAUUACUCUUACUGAGCAAAUAUGAAGAUACUUGGGCAACUCUUCACAGAGGAGCAAAAGAAUGUGCAAAAGCUGGAGAGCUGGUGGAUAGUGAAGUUGUGAUGCUUUCUGCUCACUGGGAGAAGAAGAGAAGCAGUCUCCUAGAACUUCAGGAACAGCUCCAGCAAAUUCCAGGUUUUUUAGCAGAUUUAGAAUCUACAACCACUAGCUUGAUCCAACUGGAAGCAAAUUUUAAGGAAAUGGAAAAUCAUUUACUUUAUCUUGAAGACCUCUGUGGACAGUGUGAAUUGGAAAGAUACAAGCAUAUGCAAGUACUACAGCUUGAAAAUUACAAAAAGACUAAACGGAAAGAACUUGAGAUCUUCAAAGCUGAGCUUGAUGCAGAGCAUGCACAGAAGGUGUUGGCUAUGGAGCAUACCCAGCAAAUGAAGCUAAAGGAGCGGCAAAAGUUCUUUGAAGAAGCUUUUCAGCAGGACAUGGAACAGUAUCUCUCCACAGGCUAUCUGCAAAUAACUGAAAGACGAGAGCCGAUUGGAAGCAUGUCUUCUAUGGAAGUAAAUGUGGACAUGUUGGAACAAAUGGACCUUGUGGAUAUGUCUGACCAAGAAGCCUUAGAUGUCUUCCUUAAUUCAGGAGGAGAGGACAGUACUAUGUCAUCUCCUAUGAUAGGAUCAGACAGCAGUGCUGGUCAAAAUGAAAUCAGUCUUCAAGUUCCCACCCAGUCAGCAUUGAGAGAGUUGUCCUCCUCAACUUCAGCCUGGACUGAUUCUGCCAGCCAAGAUGCCAGUGAAGGAGAGUCGCCUGUGAUCCAGUCCGAUGAGGAAGAUGUGCAAGUAGACACUGCCCUUGUUGCUGUAAAUAUGGAAAUGAAAGGCCCUUCUGAUGUUAGUGAUGAGAGUGAUUCGCAAACAAUUUGAGUUAUCAUGGUGCUCUAAAGGAAUUAGGACCCUGGAAUGAAUGAGUGAGCAAAGAAGUGUUUGAGCUUGCUUUUGUUACUCCAAUCUUAUGAAAUAUUACCACAUAUAAAACUUGAGUUUGACAGUCAUGAAAAUACUGAUUUUUAUUAAAAAAUUCUUGAAGCACACCAUUAGCAAUAAAGUGUUGGCUUUGGAACAGUAACCCUUGUAUAUAGAGGGUUAUCCAAAGAACAAGUUGUUGUAAGGGUUCCUUUUAAAAUCCUCCAUAGGAACAUAAUACAGAAGCCAUGUUUGUUGUCACAGUGUGCAUGUCUUAAUUGUUGUGGCUAAAGACUGGUAAAUUAUGUUGUUUAGACAGAAGACUUAAUAGCCUCCAAUUAUGUGACCUUCCAGAUGUAAGAAACAAAUCUAUAUGCUUUCUUGCGAUGUUUUACAUACCUAUAAUAAUGAGCAGAAAAAGACCAGCAACUACUUGAAGAAGUAUGUGAACUUUGAUUCCAUGCUCCUGUCCUGUUGUUGCUUUGUCCUACAUUUAGUGGGGUAAGCCUCAUUUGUGAUAAGGGAUGCAGAAGCAUGCUGCUUUGUUCACUUCACAAUAGAUGCCGAAAGACUGAUGAAGUGCACUAUCCUAACUUUAAGACUGUUGAAGCUUUCUACCUGUAGCACACAGCAUCAGGCCAACAUGCUUGUGUUAUCCCUAUGUAAGAGAUUAUGGGCAUGUUCUAAAUGAGCAACUAUCCCCAAAUAAUUGACUACUUGAAGUAAGUCUCAGAAGCCCAUUUCUCUUUGGGUUCGGUGGAAUAAAUGAAAGCUGGGAAUAUCUGCUAUAUGUGUUGCACCUUUCCUAACCAGAAUGGUCCUGACUUUUGAAGUUUAUCUAUUUAAUCUCUACUGCUCUUUCAGAAGAAAGACAAAGUGUCCAAAAAGUGUGGUUUUUUUUAUUAAACCUUGUAUUACAAACCUGAAAAGUAAACAAAACUGGCAAUAAACAUGGAAGUCUUUCCUUACAAGGAAAGACAGCAGAGCAGCGCUAAUAAAUUAAAUGUCAAACUGUAAGCCAUAGUCAGAAGUUUACUGUCAAAAAGGAAAAAAGUACACAGCAAGGCCAUAAAAACCGGACAACCACAUUGGAAAACACUCGACUCUGUAUGUUAUUGUUAAAUAUUCCAAAACAAUUUGUCUUCUGCAACAACCGACAAUAUGUAUUUUAUAAGACUUUUCCUGACAGUCACCACUGGCAAGCUCAGUGCAAUAUGGGUAGCUCUACGGUCUUGAAUUCAAUUAUGAAACAAAAGAGUUUGUGAAAACAUUUUCCCUUUUUUAUUCCACACAUACUGUACACACAACUGGAAAAGGGCAACAACUACUCCAUUAUUAUUUUUGUUGUUGUUCAGUGAUGUAAGCAGCACUUAUAAAUGUUACAAGAAAAACCCUGUAAGCAUCCAAAUCCAUCCGAUGAAGAAAGUGAAACGUAAGGCUUUUCUUCAUCUUGUCUCUUUGCCACCCUUUCCCACCCUCCCAAGAAAAGGCUCAAGUAUUUAAAACAAUUUACAGGCUUAUGUACAAAAGGUAUGAUUUCUUUUUUGUUACAACAUGAAGGAAAAAAAUAGACAAGAUGAGAGCAAAUGCAUUUUUCACAUUCAAAAGAAAUAUGCAAAUCUGCUAGUGGCUCUAAAUGUGAUCAAACAACAAAACAAAAUUCAAAACAAAAUUAAUGCUGACUGUGAAAAGGUAUGAAAACAGCAG